UGUAAGCCGCGACUCCCACUCCAAAACUCUCCACCCUCAGCCAGCCUCUUUUUACAUCCUAUUUUUACUCUCCUUGGAGAGCCUCGUGAAGAAAUUCUUUGAUGAGUGAGUUGCGGUGUGACAUGGCUGCCGCUGUCGGGAAUACGAAGUCUCCAGACGAGAUGGAGCAAGAAAAAGACGUGAAGCCGAUGCCGGUGGCAGACAUCCCUCGUGACGUGAUCAAGCAUCCGUUGCAAAAUUCCUGGACUCUAUGGUACUUUGAAAAUGACCGUGCUAAAAACUGGGAAGACAACCAGGUGGAGAUCUACAACUUCGACACCGUCGAAGACUUCUGGGCUCUGGUGAACCACAUCAAGCCAGCUAGUGAAAUUAGGGUCGGAACCGACUACUCGCUGUUCAAGAAGGGCGUGCGACCCAUGUGGGAGGACCCGGCCAACAAGAAUGGCGGCAGGUGGCUCGUCUCCCUCGAGAAGAAGCAGCGCGGCCCAGAACUCAACAAUUGCUGGCUUGAAGUGAUGCUUUGUUUGAUCGGCGAGGCCUUUGACGAGUUUAGCGAUGAUGUGUGCGGGGCCGUGAUGAACAUCAGGCCCAAGGGCGACAAAAUUGGCAUCUGGACUGGUGACGGCACUCGCACCAACAGCAUCAUGGAAAUCGGGCAGCGAAUCAAGUCCCGAUUGAACAUCCCAGCCAAGGUGUUGAUUGGCUACCAGCUGCACCGCGACCUGACGGUGAAAAACAGCUCAGUGAUCAAGAACAGACACCAGGUGUAGUGCUGAGCGGCGAAUUGCGCGCGCUCCCACCCAAGACUGUUCAGAGUGCUCACUGCAAAACUCUUACGAAGGCUGCCCGAGCUUUUUUAAAAGAGGACAUCGUGUUUCUCUCCCUCUCUCUCUCUCUAUCUCUCUUCUUACAGUUAUGUUGCUAGUGUCACACUCCAAGCAGUGCUGGAAAACAAAGCCCCUAUUUAUUACGUUCGAUGAUGAUGCGCCACGGAUUAACCAAAGCCGCACCCAUUGAUUUUGUAAAUAAAAACUAAGAUGUCGUGUCUAGGGAAUUGUCAGCACUUUGAGCCGAGUGUGCUCUGUGUAAUAACUCGUUGUUAAAUGGAUGAGCAUUGUUAAUAAGUAGCUGAGUAUUUUUCUAAUUGUAGAGCCUCGCGGAUUCGGCCCUAAUCUAAGUAAGCUCCACAUCGGCCCCUGUACAUUCUUUCAAAUCAAAAUAUAAUUUCCAAGUGCUUUGAAGUUGUUUUCCACAGGUUAAUUAAUUAAUAUAUAUUUCGUUCUCCGCGGCUGAGUUAUAAUUUCUAACUUGCUUCUGAGAAUAUGAGUGGCAUGAGAAUAAAAGGUAUUUAUAAAGUCCA